AUGGCGUUUUCCCACCUCCCCAACGAGCUCACCCUCCUCAUCGCCGCCCACCUGGACAUCCACUCCAUCAAUGCGCUCCACCAAACAAACCACCACCUGCACACACUCCUCACGCCCCUCCUGCACGACCUAGCAGUCACCAUGCCCCACAGCGGCAACAUCAGCAUCUUGACCUGGGCUGCCUUUAACUACUACAAAAGCCUUGUCAGGAUCCUCCUUCAAAAGGGCUUCUGCGUCAACACGGCGGUUCUCGAGAUCAUGUCUGCUCCGCCUGACGAGUGGGAUGACGCAAUACCGAUGCUGUCCAUACAUGGCGGGAUGGUGGCCAAGUUCUACGACUGUAGGAUAUGCGAGUCUAUUGGGCCUGUUAGCGGGCGUCGGAAGACGUGGAUUUGGUCCUGGCUGCCGAGAGUGGAGGUGGCGUUGCCAGGGGAAAGGCCGGCGUGUACGUGUGCGACGGCGGGCACGGCGGACGCGCCGUGCCCGUAUUGGCCGAGAGGGACUAGGCGGGUUUGA